GUCUGUUUUAGGAUUUUAUGAUGCAGCAGACUAUGCUGCGGGUUAAAGAUCCAGUGAAAUCCUUGGAUUUCUACACCAGAAUCCUCGGCAUGACGCUCCUGCAAAAGUUUGACUUCCCCUCCAUGCGUUUCUCUCUCUUCUUCUUGGGCUACGAGGACAAGAAGGAGAUUCCUAGAGACGUGAAGGAGAAGACGGCCUGGGUAUUUUCCAGAAGAGCCACCAUUGAACUGACACAUAACUGGGGCUCUGAGUCUGACGAGAGCCAGUCUUAUCACAAUGGAAACUCGGAUCCACGUGGCUUUGGACACAUUGGAAUUGCAGUUCCUGACGUUUAUGCAGCCUGUAAAUUGUUUGAAGAGCAAGGAGUCACAUUUGUCAAGAAGCCAGAUGAUGGUAAAAUGAAAGGCUUGGCCUUCAUUCAGGACCCUGAUGGCUACUGGAUUGAGAUCCUGAGUCCUAACAAUAUGGUGUCCAUUACUUCGUAAAAACUGACAAGUGCAUACUUGUCUGCUGCAGUGCGUAGAGGCCGGACCUGCUGUGGCUUCACUGGGAGAAAAGAACGUUUGGGUUUAGCGAAGAAUUUAGCAACCUGCGCCAGAGAGCCGAGGGCAAAUGGAGCGGGAUCAGUUGCACAGUGACAAUGGGUGUGCCUUUGCGUGGGCUGGACUAGUAUCGGACAGUUGAUAGGCAAAUAGAUUAAAUACCAGAGUUAUCGCUAUGAAUGGCAACUACUUCGUGCAGCUGUCGAGUUUGUCUGUCAUCAGUUUGUACGUGUUUUCAAAAAGUCAUGCUGAAAUAAAGCGGUAUUACUGUUUAAUAAAUGUGAAAGCCACCAAUCAAAAGAAAA